CGCAAACGAACUCAACAGACCGUAAAGAUAUAAACAAAUAUAAACCUAUAUCUAUAGAUAACCACCUCGCCGUCGCCGGGAAACACUGAAACGCCCACCGGGAAACAUUCUCUCCAUCUCCAUGCACAGAUAGGUUCAAGUUUGUGCAUAUAGAGAGAGAGGGAGAGACAGAGAGAGAAGAUGGGGCAGGAAUCGGGGAAAUGGGUGAUCCUGGUGGCAAGCACGUGGAUACAGGCCUCGACGGGGACGAACUUCGACUUCUCGUCCUACUCGACGGAUUUGAAGUCGGUUUUGGGGAUAUCGCAGGUGGAGCUCAACUACCUGUCGGUGGCUUCCGACAUGGGCAAGGUUUUCGGGUGGUGCUCCGGCGUCUCUCUCCUGCAUUUCCCGUUGUGGCUUGUCAUGUUCGCGGCCGCUGUCAUGGGUCUUUUCGGCUACGGCCUCCAGUGGCUUGUCAUUCAUGGCUUCAUCUCCUUGCCUUAUUUCCUGGUGUUUCUUUUGUGUUUGCUAGCUGGUUGCAGCAUCUGUUGGUUCAACACAGUCUGCUAUGUGUUGUGCAUCAAAAACUUCACAGCUAACCGGCCACUAGCACUAUCUCUUAGCAUCAGCUUCAAUGGGGUAAGUGCAGCAUUAUACAACCUCAUUGUCAAAGCAAUAGACUCCAGUGAUGAGACCCUAUACCUUCUUCUGAAUGCAAUUGUCCCCCUCAUCACUUCAGUUGCAGCCCUCGCCCCGAUCCUCCGGCAACCUCCUCCUCCUGAAACCCUUCCUGCCGAUGCUGUUCGUUUUGACUCCAUCAUAUUCAUUUACCUCAACAUUGUGGCUGUGUUCACAGGCCUGUAUCUCCUCUUCCUUAACUCAGCAUCAUCCAAUGCAUCUGUAGCUUGUAUUCUCUUAGCUGGGGCCAUAUUUCUUCUAGUCCUCCCCUUGGUUACACCUGGCAUCACCUAUGCUCGGGACUGGGCUGCCCAAACACUCUCCUCAAGAUUCCACCUUGAAGGAUCAAGUUUCAACUUGGUUGAUGUUGAUGACCUCGAGGUGCACAAGGAACUCAUGGAAAGUGAGGGUUCAAACUCAACUAGUGUCUUGGAUGGAAACAUGCAUGGUACAACAGGCAAAGAGGGGUGUUGUGCCAAUUUCAUUAAGAAGGAUCAGUUGGCAACACUUGGUGAGGAACAUCCGGCCAAACAGGUCAUGCGUCGGAGGGAUUUCUGGCUAUACUAUGUAGCGUACCUCUGCGGUGGAACAAUUGGGCUGGUUUACAGCAACAAUCUCGGCCAGAUUUCACAAUCACUUGGUUUCAGUUCCAAGACUACCUCAUUUGUUACUGUCUACUCUGCCUGCUCGUUCUUUGGUCGUCUGCUCUCAGCUGCACCAGACUUUCUCCGUAACAAGGUAUAUUUCGCAAGGACUGGGUGGCUUGCACUGGCACUUGUGCCAACUCCGUUCGCAUUCCUUUGCCUUGUCAUAUCAGGCAGCCAGCCGGCUUUGGUGGCUGCCACUGCCAUGAUUGGGCUCAGCUCAGGUUUCAUAUUUGCAGCAGCUGUGUCAGUCACGUCAGAGCUAUUUGGACCAAACAGUGCUGGGGUCAACCACAAUAUUCUCAUAACAAACAUCCCAGUAGGCUCGCUCCUCUAUGGUUUGGUUGCAGCUCUUUUCUAUGAUGCCAAUGUUGGUAACUUGAGCAAGGUGGUUUUGGUGGGGGAAUCAAUGGUAUGCAUGGGAAGAGACUGCUACUUCAACACAUUUAUACUGUGGGGUUGCAUAUCUUUGUUGGGCCUAGCUUCUAGUUUUCUCCUUUUCCUACGAACCAGGCAAGCCUAUGACCGCGUUCAGAUGUCUCGGAAUAUGACAGACUUCACGUAGUUGGUUGCCUUACCGUCACAUCCACGAGGGAGCUAUUUUUGGGACUGUCUUUGGGACAUUUAAUUAAAACAUAACACGAGAAUGUGAGCACUGUGAAACUAGCUUAUGGAAGAAAACUCUGAGAAACGGAGAUGCAUAUCAAUAUACUAAAGGAGAUGAGAAAGGCUUCACAAAACUAGGCACGGUCAAGAGACUUGUCACUGUACUAAAGCAGGCGAGAGAAGGGUUUCACAAACUAGCUUAUGGUUUCACAAACCCAUCAGGAACUAGCAAUUAGAGGGAGGGCUACCCCUUGUUGCCUAUUUUCCAAACUCCACUGUGGAAAGGAGUACCGGAAAGAAAUACAAAAAAAGGGCUUGAGCUUGUUUUCGACACAGACGAUGCAUCUUACUCUAUUAUCCUCUUUCUUUAACUGUAUAAUCCAACUCCAAGACACAGCUGAGGCCAUGUGCAAACCAGAAUCAGUUAAUCUAGAACAUCAUUAAUCUAGCUAAGACAGGUAUCAAACAUAAAAAGCAUGAUUACAACAUGUAACCAGGUCGAUUUGCACUAAAAGAAAAAAAAAAAAAAAAAGCAAUACAAA